AAAACCUAAAAAAAAUUUAUCGAUCAAUAGAUCAAGUCAAAUGUUUAACUUAACCAACCCUAGGUUGGAGAUAAGAUUAUUAUGUUAGCAGCAGCUAAAAUUAUCGGAUCUGGAUUAGCAACUAUCGGUCUAGCGGGAGCUGGAGUUGGUAUUGGACUAGUAUUCGCAGCUUUAAUUAACGGAACUUCUAGAAACCCAUCUCUACGACCUCAAUUAUUCUCUUAUGCAAUUUUAGGAUUCGCAUUAACAGAGGCAAUUGGACUAUUCGCAUUAAUGAUGGCAUUCCUAUUACUAUACGCAUCGUAG